GGUGGAGGCGGCGGCGGCCAUUUUGGCUCUGCCGCGAAAGUGACAGGAGAGCGGGGAAGAGGGCGCCGGAGUAGGAGCGCCGGCCUCGCCUGGCCCCAGCGCUUCGAGCCCUCUCCUUCCGCGGCCUUCCCCCUCUGUUCCCCCGCGCCCCGCCAUGUCUGACACGCUCGGCGGCGGCGGCCGUUCUGACGAGACCGGCGAAGAGAAACAGGAUACGCAAGAGAAGGAAGCCGUCAUCCCGGAGAGGGCGGAGGAGGCGAAACUAAAAGCCAAAUAUCCAACCUUAGGACUUCAGAAGCCUGGAGGUUCUGACUUCUUAAUGAAAAGACUCCAGAAGGGGCAAAAGUACUUCGACUCCGGAGAUUACAACAUGGCCAAAGCAAAAAUCAAGAACAAACAGCUACCUGCCGCAGGGACGGACAAGAACCUGGUGACGGGCGAUCACAUCCCUACGCCCCAAGAUCUCCCGCAGAGGAAAUCCUCCCUCGUCACCAGCAAGCUGGCAGGGUAACCUGCACUCCCGAUGGGUUUCUUUUUCUUUUUCUUUUUUCUUUUCCCGUUUUCGUUUUGGGGGUAUUUUUUGGCUUUUAUUUUUUUGUCAGACCGAUUGAACUUUGCUGUAUCGUAGGGCUGGGACACACGGAACUCUCGUCAGCCGUUGGAAUUGUCCGUGGCCCUCCAAACCGGAAGCCGAGGCAGGGACUCGUUUGCAGGACUGACUUGGCGCUGGGCCGGGCCGGGUAUGUGUGGAUCCCUCGGGUCAACGCCUGCUUUUCUGACUUGCCGUUGCUCUCCCUGGCAGGGCAGAGGAAAAGCCACCGAAUUAGGCUGUCCUAAUUUGUUGCAGGAGCCGGUCUGCGAGCCACCGAGGGAAGGACAGCGUCACAAUAUUAAUCAUAAGAAUAAGACUCAACAGAUAUAUCGAUUCGUAAAACGCUCUGGGGGUGCCCAAAGCCAUGGGUUUAAUCCUUACAACAGAUUUGCGAGCUAGGUCAGUAUUUUUAUCCCUGUAUGGCUUUGGGGGUGCAUGGGGGGAGGGCGAGAAAGAGAGGGGUCCCUAAAGGUCAUCUUUUUGAGUUCAUGGCAGAGGCGAGAUUCAACCUUGAGCCGCGUCACUAUGACAGCUCUUGUAAGGUUUAGUCUGAGCUCCCAUGUAGCCCAGCAUCCUCAGCGCCCCCGCCCCCGAACGGCCGGCCACGAUGCAUCCGAGAAGCCCCUAAGCAGGGCGUGAAGGCCAACAGUCCUCUCCUCUCCCGGCGUUUGUCCCCGGCGCACGGCGUUCGGAGGUAGCCUGCCUCCAAACAUGGACGUUCCAUGGAGCGGUCCUGGCUGAUAGCAUUUGGGAGGCCCUGCCCCCUCUGGUAAGCAGGUGGAAAAGAAGGGAAGGAGCAAAUUCUCAGGACGCUGAACUUUUUAUUUGUAAGUUGAAGAGCCCGACGGGUUUCGGCCUGCAUCUUUUCAAGGCCUUCGUCAGGAGGUUGCAGGAAAACGGCUGCAAAAAUCCUAUCAACGGAAUGCCUUUCUCAGAUCGUUAAUAGUGGGAGAGACAUUCCGUUCAUAAGGUUUUUGCAGACAUCUUCCUACAACGCCCCCUGACGAAGGCCUUGAAAAGAUACAGGCCGAAACGCGUCGGGCUCUUCAACCUACAAAUAAAAUUUUUAGCAUCCUGAGAAUGUGCUCCUCCCCUUCUUUUCCACCUAAUUUGGGUGUUUUUCUCCCCCUGUUUUUAUUUUCCCCUGGUAAGCAGCCUGAGCCUCUCGAAGCCUUGUCGGAGCACGAUGUGGGCGGAAGCUAGGUCUCCAGGUGACUGGGACUUCAACUCCCAGAAGGCCCUGCCAGGUCAGCCAACAGCCAGGAAUGCUGGGAGCUGAAGUGCAAAACUUCUGGGGAACUACUUUCUGCCUUCCCCUACCCUUAAGGCGCAGGUUGAGGCGCGUGUCCGGCUUGCCUCUUGGCCUAAUGGAUGCACACGCACUCAAGAAGACCCAUCCUCUGUGUGUGUUUCCCGCAUCACCCCAGGGGAGGGUCUGCGUCUGCCCUAGGAGGCUGCCCGGCCUCACCUUGGCCCCACGUGGAGCUUAAGACGUAGGCCCGCCUUCCCCAACCUGGUGCCCUCUGGAUGUGUUGGACUACAACCCACCAACCCACCCCAUUAUCCCCAGCCAGCAUGGCCAAUGUCAACAUCACUUCGGCGGACUCUAAAGGACGUAAGGUCCCAGGUAGAGAACAAAGCUUUUAUUGGGUAAACGUAGGUAGAUUUAGGGAGCAUAUGCAAAGUUUCAUAGGACAGUGAGCAGGGGGUUGGACUUGAUGGCCUUGUAGGCCCCUUCCAACUCUACUAUUCUACGAUUCUCUGAUUUUCAACAACCAGACAGGUGAAUAACUGGUUCAGGCUGGGGGUGGGGUGGGGUCGUGCACCUCCCCAGAAGCCGAUAAUGGCUUGCAGCCAAUUCCCAUCGCUCUUGCUCAUAUGCGGCCUCAGGGGCAGAGAAUUUGGUGGCUGAAGUAUGCUGAGAUCUGCCAGUUGCCGCCCCCCUGCUGCACAUCAGUCUGUCUGAUCAGUUUGGUCCCUUAGAGAGCUUUUGGGGGCAGGGGGUUGGACAGGAGUUUGUCAAACCGGGCUGUGCCCUCCUGCCUGUUUUUGAAACGAAUAAAAUUCUGUGCCAAGCAAAGCGGGGAUCUGCGUUCUGGACCAGCCACGGGAAUUGUAGAACCACACAAAUGCUUGCUGCUUUUCGGUCGUUCUGAUGAUUGGGUGGGAGAAAUCUUAAGUCGGCCAUCCGUUGCCUGGCUUCUGACAUUGCAACAAAGUUUCCCAGUGUCCUUUUGAGCCUCUUUUCGUAGCCAUGAGGACUAGGAACUUGAUUUUUGUUCUCAGCUGAACGCUGGGAUUCUCAGGAUACUGAAUUCUGCACCCACUUCCUGUAGCAGAUUGCAGGAUGUGCACCGCCCUGUUCCUAGGCCGUGAGAAUGACUUGUUCCAACACUAACCCUGACCCCAAUUCUGUUCUUUAAGCGUCAAUGUUUAAGUGGUUUUUCAAUUGUUUACAAAUAAAUAUCUAUCCACUGCAGUCAGUAAUCACCGAUAAAAUAGUUCUUAUGCCGAAGGAAAGCAGGUUAGAUUCAUAUUUGGGAAGAGGGAAUAAGUGAGAGAAUCACGUUCGAGGUAAUACAAGUGCUUGACAUUUAAGGCGUGGGAUAACGGACGAAGCAGCUUAAUGGGUUAUAUUCCUGGAUAUUUGAGGAAUCGAUUUGGCUCCCGCCCCGUGGCUUCGUGGUUGCCCACACUGUGAAGCAUCAGUCAUCUGCAUUUGGCCCUUUCAGGGUCUCACUGUCUCGAACGCUUUCCCCUGAAAAUCUUUAGCUGAGUGUGGCUGCUACAUGUGAAAAUGCCUCCUUGGUUCCUUGCUCCUCCUCCUCCAGCACUUAGUGGAUCUUUAAAUGAACAAGAUGCAGUGCCUUAACUGGGAUGAGUUGUCACUAACCUUAAAAAUUAGUUUCCGGCACUCACAGCUGACAUAAGACCUGGGGGAAAUCUCUGCCCCAGUUCUUGCUUUCCUGUCACCCGCCCUAGAUCUCUUUUUCAGCCGUUUUUUUUUAGUUCCCACAAGUUAUAGGUCGUUAAGACCGUGCCAUCAGCCUGUGGUGAAGUAAAGAGAAGCAGUUGUUCCUGAUAACGGUCCGUAAGUCCCUUGGGAGACUUUGCGUAGGGAUACUUUGAGAAGAACAGACUAAGAAGGCGCAAAACGCCAACGUGCUGCUGCAGAAAGGAUGGAUCUGCAAGUUGCUUUCCCCGCUAAAGCCUCGUGUGGCACAGAGUGGUAAGCGGCAGAUAGUGCAGCCGAAACUCUCCCCACAGCCUGAGUUCGAUCCCAGCGGAAGCUGGUUCUCAGGCAGCCGGCUCAGGUUGACUCAGCCUUCCAUCCUUCCGAGGUCGGUAAAAUGAGUACCCAGCUAGCCGGGGGAAAGGUCACCGUGACUGGGGAAGGCAACAGCGAACCACCCCGCUACAAAGUCUGCCAAGAAAACGUCGGCGAAAGCAGGCGUCCCUCGAGGAGUCAGCAAUGACUCCAGUGCUUGCACGAGAGGUUCCGUUCCUUUCCUUUUUCCUGCCCCCCCCCCCCCCCCCAAGGCUUUGUCACGGCCUUCAGUUCAGAGUUUGGCCUUGUUCUGGAUGAGAAACAGGUUUUUAUUUCAUUAAUCCCAUUACACUCCUGGGCUUUUGCCGUGUGAAAGAUUUGCAGCCAAGUUCCUUAAAAUGGGAGUGACUUUUUGCAUCCUCCUUUCAUGAACCGGGGAGCCCUUUAGGGCCUAGCCGUGCCAGAGACACGAGCUGUGGGGAGGACACCCUGCCCCUCUGACCUAUCGCAGUCCUGCUCCACCCCCUCUCUAGCGUGAGGGAUUUCACUGGCUGCUUCUUUCGCCCCAGCCUGACUUCACGCUCUUAAGGACUAGAAACGUGGAAAUGGAAAGGUUUGGGAGACUCUGUUCGGCACGUGCUUGCAAUCCACGCUGCCCACACGCUCCGUGUGGCUCAUUGCUGUUUGCCCCACCGCCCAAUUGGCAACGAGAUCCCUGGGCCUGCGCACACUGGCCGGGGCCGUGACCUUGAUGGACUGCUUUUCCCCCUUCAGGGAAAUCCUCCCAUCUUUCUUAGGGGCUGCUCCCCAGUGUCUCUGCCCCUGUCUGUGGCUGUGCUUGGCUAUGGAUCUGAGGUUCUCCUGGGCUGCAGAUUGAACCCCAGAAGGUUUGGAGUGUCCGGAUGGAUUUGAAUUAGAGGUACAACAGGAAAGGGAGAGCGUGUUUCUUUUUUCUUUUCUUUUUUGGCUACCGUUGGGUUUUGAAAUGCGUUUUUAGGGUCGUUCUAGACUGAGCAAGGCCAGUCGGAGGGCUAAGGUAUGUGUGCUUGCAAAAAAGAAGUAGGUUAUUAAAGAGGGAUCACAAUCAGGCUUCCUAGAGCAAAAGAAUAUCAGCCCAGAAGUGUUUGUCCCAUUCUUUCCUCCACAUCUGUCUCUCUGCAGUCCCCCCCCCCCCGGUGGCUCCUGUUCAUUCCCCUCCCUCCUACCCUGGCUGUGUAGUCUCUCUCUCAGUGGGCUGUGUCAGCCAUAGAGCCUCACUCAAGGGGACGUCCGGGGGCCACGGGCAUGAAACCAGCGUAGGAAUCCAGGUGAGGAACGUUUUCUUCCUACCUGGCUUUUGGUGUACAGUAGCAGCCUCCCCCCACCACCACCACCGGGCAGGUCCAUCCCAAGCAAGCUUGUGCUUACGAAAGGAAGCGGGCAGCGCGUCAGUGGAGAACCGCAGGUCUUGGGCGCGUCUGUAUUUUUUUUUAUAAAACCCAAGUUAAGACAUGAGGACACCGAGAUCUCCCUGCCUGCUCCCCCAAACCUGGUGGUGUUUCUGAGCUCUGGAUACAUUCUCUUAGGAUGCAGCCCUAUGCAGUUUUAGACAGAAGAAGGUCCUACAAACUUGCGUGGGAUUUCGCCCUUAGCCUAGGCCAUUACCCCGGGGCUCACCCUGGAUUAGCUUUCUAUUAACACCGCUGUUGGGGAGCUAAGAUUUGGGGUUGCGGAAGGUAUCUCCUGUUUUCUGCCUUCCUUUGCUCUGAUGCUUUUCCUUCAUCCCAUUCUGGCACGUCGGUUCAUCUGCCUUUAAAUCUUCCUUAAUUUGAAACGUGUUUGACUGCUCGCGUGUAAUAACGAACUCGAUCUGUAAGAUAACUCCCAAUUCUUAGCAAAGCAGUAGCCAAGACUUUCGUAUCUCUCCACUUUCCCAGAUUGCAGUGCUGCCUUCCACGCCUCCUUCCUGUUCAUAGAAUCAUAGAAUAGUAGAGUUGGAAGGGGCCUACAAGGCCAUCAAGUCCAACCCCCCGCUCAAUGCAGGAAUCCACCCUACAGCAUACUUGACAGAUGGUUGUCCAGCUGCCUCUUGAAGGCCUCUGGUGUGGGUAUUUCUGUCGCUGCCGUCUCAACGCUGCUCACGCUAGAUCAGCCCUUGCCCAACCUCCCAUCCCUCACGAUGUGUCCGACCACAACUCCCACCAUCCCCACCCGGCAUGGCCAUGUGGAUGAUAGGAAUGGUAGUCUGACGCCACGCCGAGCAACCUGUCGCGAUUUUGUGCUUUCUCGCUCAUCCGAUCCGUGCACCUUAACUUUACCGUGAGGUUUUUAGAACUGGUCACAUCCGGAGGCCGCUUCUCGGUUCCUUUCUCUCGUCUCUUCCGCGAGGAUCCUCUUCUAUCCUCAAAAGCCACCCCUGCUUCUUACAAAAAUCCUGCUCCGGUCCGUGCCCUCGGAGCCUGUACAGGCCUCCUUAACCGAUACUGCUGUUUGUCCCAGCCAUACCUGUAAAUAGAUAAGAAUCAUAUAUAUAAAUAUAAAUAUAUAUAUAUAAUUUUUUACAUCAGCUUCAUCUCUCUCUUGUAGUGUUUGCUUUUUUCUAAAAAAUAUAUAUAUAUUAAAAGAAAUUGCAAGAAAACCCAACCUCCCCCACUGCUCAUCACUGACUUAUCGGCCCGUUAGAUCCAUUCACGCCGCACGCUUGGAGCGUAAAGCUACUCUUUCGGGCAAGGUGGUGGAUUUGGGGGUCCUCCGACUUAGUUUGGGUGUUGGGCAAUUCCAGAUUGUGCGUUACGUUUAUCCCAAGGGGAAAGCGGAGUGCUGGGUGUGAACGUUUUUGAGUGUGAUGACGUUUGGAAAUAAAGUAACCCAUGUCUCCA